AAGCAAUACAAAACAAAACAAGUCACAAGAAGCAGGAGAAGCGGCGGCGGCAUGGGAGGUGUGUGGCGGCAAGUGAUCCCCUUCGGUCUUCCUUCACUCCUUGCAACACGCCUGGGCCAAGGCAGGACUGACAGCAAUACAAGGGAGGUGAACAACCAAGACAGCCUAGUGCAGUACCCCAUUAUUGUACAAGCUAACUGUAUUGUGUAGAGAGAACAUGGAGGUGGAGAAUGGCACACAAGACCUGCUGACCUCAGUGGCUGACAAGAGGGACCUUGGGGAAGUAGUAUGGCAAGAACUGCUGUCUGGUAAUUAUGAGAAUGCAGUACAGACAAUCAAGGCCAAAGAGAAUGAAGUAAACCUCAGGAAUAAUAGUCUGGAGUUGGUUCCUGUUGUAGCUAAACUGCUGCAGGAGGAUGUGGGCCCAGAGGGAGAGCAGUGUGUAGAGGACAUCCUGCUGCACAUUGCCUCGGUGGCCAAUCCCAAGGAAGUUGUGCUGGUACUUCUGGAAGUGCUGGAAAUGAAGUGGUCAGCUAUUCAGGUGCGUGUCAUGCUGUCCCCUCUGCAGACUGUGCUGCUCCGCCAGGCCUCACCCACCAACACCCGUGCAGUGACCUUCUCCUGGGUGUUCAAUACCCUGUAUUCCCAUGUAGCCAUCAUGGAAACCCCACAAGGCCUUAACCUGGAGGGUAAGGAGAGGCACCUCCUGGACUUGGAUCCUCUUGUGAGGGAAGCAAGUGACAUUCUUCAACACCUCACCCACUUUUAUGAGGGAAUCUUCACAAGGGUGGUGAGUGGAAAGCUUGGAUGGGGAGGUGGAAAGAACUCAAGGGAGUAUCUUGCUCUGUUCCUGCUUCAGCUGUUUCACAAACCUCUUACAUACUUAGAUGUGUUUGAUGAGAACAAAGGGGACACCUGCAAUGCCUUAUACAUGUCAUGUGGCCGCUUGGCUUCCAUGGUUGGCCAGCUGCUGUUCAAUGUGUUCAAGCUACUUGGCAGCAUCUCUUGGAAGUCUUCCAAAACUGUUCUGGCCUCUGAGACAAAUGAAAGUGAGGAGCAAGACCCAGCAACACUCGAAGCCAGUGAUGCUGAAGAUGACAAAGAAGGAAAGAAAGAUGAGGUGUCACAACUGUCCCUGGCUUGCUUCUUCUACUGUGUGGUGGGGCAGGACAUGGCUGCAGAGUGGGUGCCACAAGUCUACUCUCACCAGUAUGUGUUCCUGGCCUGCUUGCCUUUGCUUAGUGGACUGCUGCAGGAGAAGGAACACAUCCCUAUUCAUAAGGGCCUGACUCUGUCUGGUGCACUCCUAAAUAAGUUGGCAAGGCACUCCCUCCCUAGUGACUCCUUGGAAGCAUCAGCACACUCCUCCUUCCCUCAGCUGCUGGUGAGGGUGAUGACCUUUUGUGACAACAAAGAACUGAGGACACAGGCACUUGACGUUUUCCGUACCCACAUGGACAAGUUUGACUCCCAUGGAAGAAGAAAGUUAAUUCAGGCUUUGCUUCUCUCUGUCAAACAUGCUGGUGUGUUGGGACUAGUGAUCCAUGAACUCAAGGAAAAUGUUGCCUUAAAUCUGGGCAAAGAGAAUCUAGAUCUAAAUUUUAGUGGCAGAAAUUUAUUGGAACUUGUGAAGGCAGCUUGUGUCUUGCCUGAAGCAGAACAGACUGACCUUCUGGAGUGGAGUGACUGUAUCAUGGCUGCCCUCAAUCUGCUAAUAUUCCUGUUCAUCAGAGACAAGGAAAACAAAACAGGAGUAGCUGGUAUUUCUCGUAGUCUGAAGGAAGGGUAUUUGACCCAACUUCAGACAGGCUUGGAUCUCACCAAAGGGCAUUAUGAACUGAAAUUGAAAGAGCUAAGUGAAACUCCAAGUAAAAAGGAGGACAAGCUGAGUGUGUGUGUGGGUGGACAAAUGUUACCCAAUCUGCCGCAGGACCAAGAGAGGAAGGUUGUGGAGACUGCUAUAUGCUCCCUAGACAUGAUGCAAUGUGUGCUGGUUAGAGCUGUGCAAGCCAUUGAAAAGAACAUCUAAUUGCUUAGCAGGCUAGCCUCUUCUUAAUUUUGUGAUUUUGUUUAAUAAUAAAAAAAAAAAAUCUGUUUAUAGUGAAAUGGCAAUGAGUGUCAUUAAGGUCUGUAGCUAUUCUUAAACGUUUUGGUGUCUUAUUUCAGCUAUUUGUAACAGGCUCUGAACAGGAUUUCUCAGAGUUUCCAAGGGUGUUUUCAUGACUCUAACAAGGAUUCUGCAUCAAAAGCAUCAUUAGAAUCUGAUUAAUAUCUAACCUUUGAAAAAUAGGCUCUGUGAGAGAACAUGAGAAUGCAAAUAAAAUAAAAAGAUUCUUUGGAUUAGAUGUUAGGGAAUAUUCUCAGUUACCCUAGGCAGUAGUGACCACACUGUGACCAUUGAGGUGCAGGAUUGCUAGAUUGCUUAAAUACUGUUACCUAGUUGAUAUUGGGAAGAAAAGACAGCAGUUAAAGACAGUGUUGUGUGCACAAAGUGACUGGGUGCAAGAAGUAUGUGCAUACAUAAUCCAUUCAGUUGUAGUAUGCAUUCUUACCCUCACCUUGAUACACCAAACCUUCACAUAGUAUUUAUUGUUCUCAUUCUCCACUCUGCUCCCACUAUAGGCAUUAUCAAGUGACUCAUUCCAGUGCUUGGACCUGAGGUGCUUGAUUUCUUUCUUGUACCAUUUCUCAUUUGUGUUUCUUUGCCAUCUCAAGUGUAUUUUUUAUUUUAGUUUUGUGCUCUCUGGUCAUUCUAAUAUUGUAGCAAUCUCUCUCUCUCUCUCUCUCUCUCUCUCUCUCUCUCUCUCUCUCUCUCUCUCUCUCUCUCUCUCUCUCUCUCUCUCUCUCUCUCUCUCUCUCUCUCUCUCUCUCUCUCUCUCUCUCUCUCUCUCUCUCUCUCUCUCUCUCUCUCUCUCUCUCUCUCUCUCUCACCCAUGCUUGGUUACAUUGUACAUUGCUGUUAAAGUGAACAUGUACAUUUAUGUGUGCACACAUGAAAUUUGUAUGAUUUUUUAUAUUUAUUCAUCAAUAAACUAUUAUUAUUUCUA